CCUAUUUUGAGGAGUUAUGUUUUAAUUUUAUUUAGAUAGUUUUCUUAUUUAAAUACUCCUAGAUAGUACAUAACCUUUCUACUCGUCGUCCCACGUAAUUAUAGAUAAACUCCAUGGAGUCCAAGUCACAGUCGAGAUUCAGCCUCGGCAGACAAUCGUCUCUGGCCCCGGAGAACGACGCCGGCGGCCGCGGCUUGGAUCCAGUCGACUAUGAGGAAGUUGAAGCAGGGAUUGAUUCGGGGAUAAGGUUGAUGUAUUCCGCUAACGAGGGGGAUCUAGAGGGAAUUAAAGAGCUUUUGGAAUCCGGCACGGGCGCGAAUUUCCAUGAUAUUGAUGGACGGACUGCGUUGCACGUGGCCGCCUGCCAGGGCCGCAAGGAUGUGGUGGAGCUGCUGCUGGGCAAUGGCGCUCUGGUCAAUGUUGAGGAUCGCUGGGGCAGCACGCCUCUUGCAGAUGCAAUACACUACAAAAACAAUGAUGUUGUCAAGCUUCUAGAGUCACAUGGAGCAAGACUUCCAAUGGCUCCCAUGCAUGUCCAAAAUGCUCGCGAAAUUCCCGAGUAUGAAAUUAAUCCAAAGGAGAUUGACUUCAGUAAUAGUGUGGGCAUAACAAAGGUAAAACCUAAUUGUCACAUUACAGCUCAAUUGCUCAAGCAUAAUUCUCGCUUUCUUCUGAUUUAGUCAUUGGCUUUUCUUUAACGUGCCUAUUUGAAGGCAUGGUCAUCAAAGAUAAGUGUGAAGGGAUGCUGAUUGAAUAUGGUUUGGUGGAUCGACUAGAUUCAACUUAAGAUAUUUGAUAGAUUGGAAGUGCUAAGGAACAAGAGAUGUUAGGAAGUGAUAUACUGAUAACCUGAAGUACUAGAGCAAAAGUUAUUGAGAAAGAUAUGAUAGUGUAAAGCCUUGGUGUGGAUUUGGCUCUUAUAUCAAGAUAAGAGUUGAACUUCAUCAAUUGAAUGCCAUGUAACUGACCUAAUCUAGAACGUGGUUAAAUCAUGAGACAUGAAUUAACAUUAAUCACAUUUUAGGAAUGUUUACGUCUAAUUUGUUUAUUCC